GUCGAAUCAGUUGUUUGCCAAAAUGGCGUCCCGCAGUGGUGGUGAUCUCUCGAAGUUGCGCGUUGUUGAUUUAAAGGAGAAGCUAUCAGAGCGCGGAUUAUCAACAUCAGGAUUGAAGGCCGACCUUGUGAAACGGCUCCAGGCCGCGAUAGACGAAGAAAAUGAGGUGACUCCAGCGCAGGAAGAAAGCAUGGACACUGAAGAAGACUCGCAGGGUGCCCAGGAAGCCCCUGGCCUUGAGCAAGAAGAUGCGUCAGUUGAAAAGCCCGAAGACAAGGAGCUCUUGGAACACCAGAAGGAGGUAUUGGGGAAGGAGCAGGUGCGACUGCUCGAGGAAGAGAAGGAGCUCCUUGGGAAGGCACAGCAGCAGCAGAUCAUGCUCGAAGCUGAGAAGCAGCAAAAGAUCCUGGAGCAAACACGCAUUCUCGAGGAGGAGAGGCAGCACAGGCUUCAGCAGCAGCUGUUCCCCGUGACCGAGCAGGUUGUGGCCCACCAAGUGGUGACCACACCAGCAGUGCUUGUGACUCCGGCUGGUAGCCCGCUUGCUGUGGCCACAGCCAAGGCUGCGGCGGCCUCUGCCCCCGCUGCACCCAUGGUGCUGGCGACAGCCGCCACGGCCAUGUCCCCCAUGGCAGCAGCCAUUCCCCAGCAGGCCACGGUGCUGGCACCGGUGAGCCUGGUGGGUACAGCACCCGUUGCAGCAGGUCAGGGCACUACCAUCCUGGCACCUGUUGUGGUGACCCCUGUUUCCGCUGUGGUGCCCCCGCCACCACCACCACCACCGCCGCCACCACCGCCGCCACUUCCCCCACACCCUGCCUCAUCACCAGGUGGCGUGACCCCCAUGGGAGUCAUGCCACAACCCCCACAAGCACCACCUGGUCUGCCAGGUCCUGGUGCUGUGCCACCACCACCACCACCACCACACCUCCCACCACAGGGAGUGCGCCCUCCAGGGUUGCCCCCACCCGGCAUACCGCCUCCUCCAAGGGGUGCCCCUCCCAGGGGUCCACCACCAGGAGUACCUCCACCGGGAGUACCCCCACCGGGAUUGCCACCGCCAGGACUGCCCCCACCGGGAGUACCGCCACCGGGGGUACCGCCACCUGGAGUACUGCCACCAGCUCAACCUCCAACUGGCACUGGGGGACAGAGAACUGGUCCUGCACUGCCGCCACCACCACCACCUCCUGGCAUGCUCUCGGGGGACAAGAUGGACACAACAGCACCUGGCACAGAAGUGUCCAACGUGGAAAUCCCUCAAGUAAUCGAGGAGAUCUUUGCCAACACAUCUGAACGAGCUCAAGAACUGGCCUUGGCACCACCAGAGCCUCCUGCCGAGAAACCAGCACCCAAGAAACCACAGCCACCCAGUAAGCCUAGACUUGUGGCCAUGGAUGAAGGGGAUGAUGAAGAUGACGAAGAGCAAGAAGGGACCAAGGUGCCCUCAGAGUCCAAGAACAAGAAGAAGAAAAAGAAGAAGAAGAAACGCGCCCAGCGAAAGCAGCAGCAGCAGCAGCAACAAAAGCAGGAUGAUGCUGCAAAGAAAGCUGGUGAGAAGGAAGGCGACAAGACAGAAAAAGAGGAUGUAGACGUGGAGUAUGUUCAGGAGACAAUAGAUACCAAGGACCCGUACUACUACCAGUUUCUGCUCAUCUUUGAGAAGUUCAAGCUUCAAGAGCCGGAGAAGCCCAAGACUGAAACUGGGCCUGUGACUGAUCCAGCAGCUGUUGCACAGAGGCUUUUGGAGCGCAAAAAGCCAGCUGACUUGGAUGAGAAGGAUGAUGAUGACAUGAAAAUAGAAGACAAGCCGAAGCUGUCAAAACGUAAGCUGAAGAAGCUGAGCAGAAUGACCAUCGCUGAGCUGAAACAGAAGGUAAUCCGGCCAGAAUUGGUGGAGAUGCAUGACGUGACUGCCAAGGACCCAGUACUUCUCCUCCACCUAAAGUCGUCACGGAACACGGUGCCUGUGCCCCGUCACUGGUGCUUCAAGCGCAAGUACCUGCAGGGCAAGAGAGGCAUUGAGAAGCCACCCUUUGACCUGCCUGGCUUCAUCAAGAAGACGGGCAUCAUGGAGAUGCGGCAGGCCCUCCAAGAAAAGGAAGACCAGAAGACAAUGAAGGCCAAGAUGCGUGAGAAAGUGCGUCCCAAGCUGGGCAAGAUCGACAUUGACUACCAGAAGCUACACGAUGCUUUCUUCAAGUGGCAGACCAAGCCUCGCAUGACCAUGCACGGGGAUCUCUACUAUGAGGGCAAAGAGUUUGAGACACGCCUCAAGGAGAAGAAGCCUGGCGACCUCACUGACGACUUGCGGAUCGCUCUGGGAAUGCCCACUGGUCCAAAUUCCCACCGGUGCCCUCCACCAUGGCUUAUUGCCAUGCAGAGGUAUGGGCCGCCCCCUUCGUACCCGAACCUCAAGAUACCAGGCCUCAACGCUCCAAUUCCAGAUGGUUGCUCCUUUGGGUACCAUGCUGGUGGCUGGGGUAAACCACCUGUGGACGAGAUGGGCAGACCACUGUAUGGUGAUGUGUUUGGCACGCAGUCGUCUGACUCCACGAGCAACAUGGUUGAUGAAGAGGUGGAUCGCACACUGUGGGGUGAACUUGAGAGUGAGUCUUCAGAGGAGGAAGAAGAUGAGGAUGAAGAUGAAGACGAGGGUGUGGAAGAUGAAACUGGCUUGGUGACUCCCGCGGAGGGCCUGGUGACACCGAGCGGCUUCAGCUCAAUACCGGACGGAGUCGAAACACCCGACAUGAUUGAGCUGCGAAAGCGCAAGAUCGAGUCGGAGAUGGAAGGUGGGGACACCCCAGCUCUGUACACCAUCCUACCCGAGAAGAAGUCGGAGAGGGUGGGCGCUGCCAUGAUGGGCUCGACGCACGUCUACGACAUGAGCGCAGCAAUGGUGAAGGGCCCCAAGAUGCCGACUGCAGUGGCGGGGACAGCCAAGCAGUCUGGAGGUGUGGAGAUCGCGCUGGACCCGAGUGAGCUGGAGAUGGACUCGGCCGCCAUGGCGGCCCGUUAUGAACAGACGUUACGUGAGCAGCAGUCUCACCUUGCCAAGGAGGACCUCAGUGACAUGGUGGCCGAACAUGCGGCACGGCAGAAGAACAAACGGAAAAAGCAGCAGCAGGACACCACCAAAACAGCGAAGAAGUACAAGGAGUUCAAGUUUUAAAAGUGGCCCAUCACACUUUCCCUGUGCACCCUCAUCUGUUAAAAAUAAAACUAUCAUUUCCCACUGUGUAAA